GACGCUCAAUUCGUGUUAUUUGAGAGUAUUCGAGGAAAUAAAUCAAACUUCGUAAAUAUGAAGAUGUUCAUACCACUUCUCUGUCUCCUGUCAUUUACCAUCGCAGAACCUCCUGUUGGGGACAGCUACGCAUCAGCAAGAUCGAGCCAUGACUACGACAACCAUGACUUCCAAAGAUCUCCUUCCCAGCAGUACGGGACUCCCUCCCAAAUUCUUGCGUCUCGGAACUCCUUCAACGAAUAUGGGCCUCCAAAAUCCAAAUCUUCGACUACUCUUUCUUCUACUUAUGGUCUUCCGACAACCCGAAUCUCUGAAGAUUAUGCAGUGCCAAGCGCCAGGAAUUUCCCGAAAUUUUCUCAGGAUUACGGAGUCCCAGACACCCGAAGUCUUUCUCAAGAAUACGGAAUCCCAGAAACCCGAAACAUAGCUUUAGAAUAUGGUGUUCCAUCCAGAAAAUCACAAAAUUAUGGCACGUCAAAAUCCCAGAACGCGUUAUCAAGAGGAUAUGCUACGAAAUCCCGAAACGCUGUCUCACAAGAAUAUGGUGUCCCAAAAGUGCGAAGCCAAUCCCAAGAGCCGGCCAACUACGACUUCAACUACAAAGUGAAUGACUACAUCACGGGAAGCGAUUUUGGGCACAGCGAGACACGCCAAGACAACAGAGCUGAAGGGACCUAUUUUGUAGUCUUACCCGAUGGUACUAAACAG